AUGAGUAUAGUGAAUGAAAGAGCGAAUCUUUUGGUCAAGCUGAAUGAUUUGGUCGCCAACCAGGUCAGUGAUCUUAAGCAAAAAGCUAAAUCAAGGUGGACCGCAAUGGGAGAUGAGAACACGAGUUUUUUUCAUGGUCUUUUGAAUAGUAGACGCAAAAGCUCUCGGAUUCAUGGGUUGAACAUCAAUGGCCUACUAUUAGCAGCUCACUCUUUAAAAAAUUCGGACUCUCAAAGGGACUGGCUGGAAGCACCUUUCACGGAGGAGGAGAUUAAAAGUGCGGUUUGGAGUUGCGGUAGCAAUAAGGCCCCGGGUCCGGAUGGGUUCACCUUCAAGUUCAUUCGUUUUUUUUGGAACAAGCUGGGGAAGGACUUUAUGGAGGCGGUCAAAUUCUUAAAAGAAACCUCUAUAAUAAACCCGGGUAGCAAUUCCUCCUUUAUCUCCCUUGUGCCGAAGAUAAGAGACCCUUUUUCCCUUGCUGAUUAUCGGCCAAUAAAUUUAAUUGGGUGUGUGAGCAAAGUGAUAUCGAAAGUCCUCGCGGGAAGGCUGAAGGGUGUCAUUGAUUCGGUUGUUAGCAGCACUCAGACGGCUUUUAUCAAGGGUCGUAGUAUUCUGGAUGGUCCGAUGAUGGUGAAUGAGCUAAUCGCUUGUUCCAAGAGGAUGCAUAAAAAACUGCUUAUCUUUAAAGUUGACUUCGCCAAAGCUUUUGAUUCCCUCAAUUGGAAUUACCUAGACGAUGUUCUAUUGCAGAUGGGAUUUGGCAAUAAAUGGAGAGCCUGGAUGAAAGGUUGUGUUCGUACGGCUAAAAGUUCGGUCCUCAUUAACGGCUCGCCGUCGAAGGAGUUCAAUAUGGGCAGAGGCGUUAGACAAGGAGAUCCAUUAGCUCCUUUUUUAUUCAUUCUCGCGGCUGAGGGACUAAAUGUCAUUAUGAAGGAAGCACAGCGGAAGGCUCUUUUUAAARGUGUUCAYUGGGCGAAWCAAGAGGAAGAUGUGUCAAUCCUGCAAUAUGCGGACGAUGCUAUUUUUAUAGGAGAAUGGGCUGCGGUUAACGCAAAAAAUUUGAUUAGCAUCCUUAAAUGCUUUGAGGUAUGUUCGGGUCUUAAAAUUAACUUGAGUAAAAGUCGUCUUACGGGUGUUGCGAUUAGUAAGGAAGAGAUAUCCAGAAUGGCCUGUUGGCUUAAAUGCAAGGAGGAAACGAUUCCAUUUUUUUAUUUGGGUCUCCCAGUUGGUGGUAAUAUGUCGUCCAUGGCAAGUUGGCAGCCUAUCAUUGAGAAGUUUAAGACGCGUCUAUCAUUCUGGAAAGCUAGGAAUUUGUCCAUAGGUGGAAGAGGGAAAAAACUUAACAGGGUGGCGUGGGAACGGGUUCUUAGUGACAAGAAGAGUGGUGGGUUGGGCAUUGGGAGUUUACGAGCCUUAAAUCUUGCAAUGCUCGCCAAAUGCUGGUGGAGAGAGCGUACGCAAGUACAGGCAACUUGGAACGCGGCUGUGAGUCUCUGUAAUUCGUUGCAAUUCGUAUCUAGAAAUAGCAGAAGCAGAAGAACUGUUUGGAGCAAUAUAAAAAGCAUCGAAACGGACCUGGGUGAUAUCGGGAUCAACAUUAAUAGUCUUAUGAUCAACACGCCGGAUAGGAGUGGAUGGUCUUGGUUGCUGGAGGCAAACAAUAUAUUCUCUGUUAGAUCUCUUAGGAGAUUGAUUGACUGUGUUAUGCUUCCUUCUAUGGAACAGGAAACUGAAUGGCUUAAGUGGAUACCCAGCAAAGCUAAUAUUCACUUAUGGAGAACGCUCAACAAUCGAUUAGCGACCAGGGAUAAUCUUGUGAAACGGGGAGUGACUUGCAGCUCUGAUGAGUGCUCGAUGUGCUUGGUAACGAUGGAGAACCUGGAUCAUGUAUUUGCGACUUGUUCUACGACAAAAGUCAUUAACGCGCAUAUGGCUUCCUGGGUGAACUGGUGGCCGGCGACUGAGAAUUCGGUUCGGGACAUGUGGUCGGUGGUCUGCGAGUAUGGAGAUAGUUGUAGAAGAGAGGUGGGCAAGGUGAUUAUUGCAGCUUAUUUUUGGACCGUUUGGACUYAAAGGAAUCACAAGACGUUUAGGGGCAAAAACAAGUCUGAAAAGGAAGCUUGUAGUGAUAUUCAAUUCACUGCGUAUGAGUGGAUUAGAUGUAGAGUGAGGAUUAACAAGUCUUUAGUUGGGACUGUUGGACUUGAUGCAAUUGACGAUGGUCAUGAAGAUAUAAUGGAUGAUAAUAAGCAGUUCAACGACGAUAAUACUAUGUCAAGUAGAUCAGGAGAGAAAAGAGCUAAUAUAGAAAUAGAUGCAAUUAGGGUUAUGGACACGAAAGCUGCUAGAUCUGAACAUCUAAUUUUGAUUGAGUUUAAGAAAUUAGAGCAUAGGUACUGCUCGUCGGAAACUGCUUGGGAUUAUUUGGAGAAGUGA